UUCAGACCUGGAGGGACGAAGUCGAGUCCGGGGACCUGCUGGCCGGGCUACAGCUUGGAGGAGACGAGGAGGGCGCAAUCUGCGAUGGCGUCCCCUUCUUCGUCGACAAUUAAAAUCCUCCAAGCAAACCUCCACCACAGCCAAACCGCGACGGCUCAGCUGCGCAAAUGGUUGGAGGUUCAACACACGGCCAUUGCCCUAAUCCAGGAGCCGUGGGUCAGGGCCGGCCAAAUCAGAGGACUCUCCAAUCUUGGAGAUUUCUGUUGCAGAGACCAAUCUGCCAUCUCAAUACAGCAACCUGCUUUAAACAUGGAGAUCACCCUCGCCUCGGUAUACAUGCCCGAAGCAGAGGAGCCUCCUCCCUACGACCUCGCCCGCCUGGUGAAUCACUGCGAGAGAGAAGGGAAGGAAGUGAUUAUCGGUACUGACUCCAACGCACACCACCCUUUGUGGGGAAUGGAUACACACAACGAUAGGGGUAAGACCUUAUUUGAUUACUUAUUCACAACCAACCUAUCACUAAUAAACACUGGAUCAGAACCAACUUUCGUCACUAGACGAAGUCAAACAAUUAUAGACCUGACUCUCGCAUCAGAGAGCGUAGCGGAGCUAAUCACAGGAUGGCAUGUCUCUAAGGAGGCAUCUUGCUCAGACCACAGAUGGAUCCGCUUUGACCUACAGGUCUGUAUACAAGAAACACCACCGAAACGGAACCCACGCAAUACGGACCGCGCGACGUACACCCGUACGCUCAGCACCAAACUUGCGCAACUCGGGGACCCUACAAAUUACGUGGACACAGAACAAAUUGACGAACAGGUAAGCUACCUCACACAGUCAAUGAUAGACAGCUAUCAAACAGCCUGCCCCGAAACUGCAUACCAGAAAACACCAGGGAAACAACCAUGGUGGGGUGCGGAACUAGAACGCAGGCGUAAACAAGUGAGAAAAACUCUAAACAGAGCAAUGAAUACAUGUGCCGACGAGGAUUGGGACGACUAUAAGGCGGCCAAAUCAAGGUACAAGAAAUGCAUCAGAUUCCGAAGUACCAGGGAUGGCGCAAGUUCUGUGGUAACAUCGAGUCCUGUCAACAAGCAAACAGGGUAAGGAAAAUCCUAGCACAACAAAACACACCUGGUCUGGGCACUCUCCGAAAACCAGACAACACACAUACCACAUCGCCGGAAGAAACGAAGCGCGUCCUAAUUGAGACCCACUUCCCAGGAUGCGUUUUCACGCAAAAUGUAGAAUGGCAUGAGGUAACACAAACACCAACUGAAGAAGAUUGGUCAUACGCACAAAAAAUCGUCACAAUGGAAAAACUCCAUUGGGCAAUUCAAAGCUUCCACCCAUACAAAGCAGCAGGUCCGGACGGAAUCUUCCCAGCGCUCCUGCAAUGGGGAGGACCAUACAUCUCAUAUAGACUAUUAAGACUAAUGAGAGCAUGCCU